AUGGAUUUAGAAUUUCGAUGCUGCGCUCGACGGGGGCGAUUGGAGGGCUCAAUUACCCCCGAAUCGCGGGAGAGGAUCGUCCACAAGAUAAUAGAGACCUUGAAGAGACACCUUCCUGUUUCUGGUCCAGAGGGUUUGCAAGAACUCAAGAAAAUUGCUGUGCGGUUUGAGGAAAAAAAUUACACUGCUGCAAUAAGCCAGUCCGAUUAUUUGAGGAAGAUAUCUUUGAAGAUGUUGUCAAUGGAGACGAAGUCUCAGAAUACCAUACCUAAUGCUUUGCCAUCGAACCCUGCUGGGAAUAGCAGUGACUUGGGAAAUUUGCAUCAUAAUUCUGUGUCUUCUUUGUCUGGGGUUUCAAAUGCACAGCAAACUAUGAUUAAUUCACCACAGCCGAAUUCCAAUGUGGACUCUGGACAAGGUAAUGCCUUUGAGUACAAUGACGGUUGAUAUGGGAUCUAUGCAGCAGAAUUCUGUUAGUGCUCCACAACAGGGUGGGGCAUACACUAUCAAAUGUUAACAACCAUCAGUCUAAUUCCAAUAUGCUUCAACAUCAGCAUCUCAAACACCAACAGGAACAACAGAUGCAGUUGCUAGAGCAGGCUAAGCAGCAGCUCCAACAUCCAACUCCGGAAUGCCGUUUUGGGCUCUGCUGUUAUUAGUAGUUGUCAUCUAUUAUAUCAAAGUUUUUUUCUUUCAUAGUGUAGAAAUUGAUAUAGAACAAAAAGAUGGAUGGUUGAAAAUGGCAGCGGUGGUUUAUAACUCACAAUAUGAGGAGGGUAAUAGUAAAUCUUUGGGUGUUACAAUAAACAGGUGCAUAAACCUUUUGAGCUUUCUUAGCCACAAGAA